UCGGCGGCACUCGGCUUUUGAGAAAAAGAGCUGAACGAGAGACUCGGGAUGUAAGCAAGUGUUUUUCCUCCAGUCAGAAACAUGCUAGACUGAAAACAAUCACACUGAAUGUGUUCAGUUAGACCUACCCCCCCACGGAAAAGACAGAAGAUACUUCAAGCAUCGUAGUUUUGGAGAAUGGGCAAUCAGGGAGGAAAAGUAACUGUUGAGAAUAAAACUCCAUACAAAUGGACCGUCUGUCACGACAGUCGAGAGGGGAUAUUUCCUAACAAAUAUAUAACGCAUCAAAUUGGUCCCUAUGGAAGAUCAUGUGUGGAGCAUAUUAUUCCUCUGAACUGGUUAAUAACCUUCUACAUUCAUGUGAAGUAUGGACACUGUUCAGAGACAGAGUGCUAUACAAAACCAGACCUGUGGUACAAAUUAAAUCCAAGAGGUGACCCUCACUUCAUUAUUCGAGAGUGUGGAGAUCAAAUUUACCUCGACUGCAGCAUAAAUUACGAAGAGAAGAAAUCAACAUGCCCAAAUUACGGUAAACUUGAAGAUGAUGCCCAACAGAGAGAGGCAGAGCGAAGACGGGAGAAAGAGGAAGUGGAAAAGCGACGGCAGGCACAGCGUCAGCUGGAAAGAAGAAUUGAAGAACAGAUUAAAAGAGAAAGUGAAAUAUCUGCUAAGAGGCUUUCUCAGGCCAAUGAGAGACUGAAGCAGAAAGAAAUCCUAAGAGGCCAGGAGUUCCACCAGCAAACUUGGAAGCCACUGGAAGUCUAUACAGUAGAAAGAGACGAGGUUGCAGAAACAGAAAAGAAAUUCAGUGAACUUAUGUUCAGUUAUAAAAUCACUGAAAUCAAAGACUCAGGAGAGCCAUUAGCUGACAGAAUGAAAUGCCUCCAAAAUGAGAUAAUGGUUGACUUCUGUAAGAAACACAACCUGUCCAGCAGCUGCAUGUUUUCGUUUGAUGCUGCAGUUGAUUAUGACACUCUGCCUCUCAGUGACAGACUGUCAGUCCUGGAAGCAGUACUGCAAAUAGUUUUUGAGGAGACCGAGGAUGACUACAAACAUCAAUAUGACCGGGAUGUUUUACUCAGCAUGCUUGAACAGCUGAUUGACACUCAUCCAUCACUUGCAGGGAAACUUCUGCAGAACGUUUUUUAUACAGAUGUGCAGCUCUCCAUGCAGAGUAAAGAAAUUCUGUGUCAGAUCUUGUUCAACAACAUGUGGACACCAGGAGAAAUAACUGAUUUUAUGCGCAACAUCACUGGGAAAUCCACUGAACAAGUGUUCUCAUUACUUCACAUGGCACAGACCUACAAGCUAAAGUACUGCAAUGUAUUCAAAGCUUUGUGUACAUCUGAUCCUCUCAGAAUAUUACGAAACCAUGUUUACAAUGAGAGACACAAAGACGCUAAAACCAUUUUAAGUGAAAUGCAUGAUGAAAACAUCCCUGAGAAUGUGUUAACUAUCCUGGAGGAUGUCCUGUUAUAUCUGGAAAAGGAGCUUCCAAAAACUGCAACAGCUUAUCUCAGUGAAAAUGAAGUUGAAGAUUUGAAGAAGAUGCUUAAAUCAUUGGAUUUCAAUGAUCCAGACAGAGAUGUCCUCAAACAAGUGCUGAUUAAGAUGUCAGUUGCAGUAAAAAUGUGCUCGACUAUCAUCUUUCAGAAGGGUGAAAAGAAAACAGUUAUUGAAGGAUAUCUUCCAAGAUUAACUCAGCUUGCAUCACUGGUAAUUUUCCUUCUUUCAAAAUCAAAAACAAAUACAGGAUGUCUUCUUGAAAUCGGGACAGGUGAAGGAAAGUCCUGUAUUUUAGCCAUGCUUGCUGCAAUUCAUGCAAUUCGUGGUGUAAAUGUGGAUCUUGUAACAAGCUCGCCAGUCCUUUCCUGCCGUGAUUUAGAAGAAUGGAAGGAACUGUAUAACAUGUUUGGCAUCACAUCAUCUGUCGUUCCUCCACCUUUAAAUGAUUCCCCACCUGAAAAACAUGAAGAACUGAUCCAGGAUGCAUAUAGUAAACAAGUUGUUUACAGUACUGUAGGAACAUUUGCAGCAGAUACACUGAGACAAGAGUUUGAGAAGAAAACGACUCGAGGAGAAAGGAAUUUUGAGAUGGUCCUUGUGGAUGAAGUUGAUUAUAUGACCUUGGAUAAUGGAGUUCAGAUUACAUUUCUCUCUCAUGAGUCCAGAGGUCUACAGCAUUUGGAGCAAGUCCUUGCAAGCAUUUGGGCUGUGACUUCAGCAUGUAGACCUAUUCAAAUGGAAGAAACUGGAGAGACCAUGUGGGCAACAAGAGUCCAGAAUUUUCAUACGGCUGCAUUGCUCGCAAUGAUAGGUUCUGACACAUCUGAUACAUUUUCACCACUGGACAUUUUGCUGCCAGGCAUUGAAUUGGGUUUUUACUCAGAGGACGACUUUGAAAAUCUAAAGGCGUCUGUUAGUGCAGGUGAAGGGAAAGAGGAAAAUGCAACCUUGCAUGAUGACACAUGGAAGUCUCUCAUGGCAAAAACUGGAGUGGAACAACAAUAUGACCUGCUUAGUGUCCUUGAAAUUGGAAUGGAAAACAAGGUGGCAUUUAACUGUUAUGUAUAUCAAUCAGAAACCAGGAAAGCUGCAUUUUUUGGAGAGCAAAAACCUGAAACUGACCAAAACAUCAACAUGCUGCUACUUGACAAUGGAAAAGCUUCUGAGAUCAUGUCUGAAAAAGAUCUUGUUGAAGCCACUGUUACAGAGCUGACAUCCAAAAUUAAAUAUUCCAAGCAAUGUCACUUAAAUGAAGACACGGAGAAAAACACGCUUGUGAUCCCUCCUUUCAUGGAGGAAUACUUGCAAAAGCAACUGCCAGUGUUUGUUGAGAAUGCCCUGAAGGCCAUUCAAAUGACAAAAGGUAGAGAGUACAUGAUUGAGAAAUCACUCAGAGCUCAAGGAAUGGAUAUUAGUGAAGAAGACCAACACAUUUAUCACACAGUAAUUCCAGUGGACUUUCAGGCCAGUGGAAUGUUGGAGAAAAGCAAACGCUGGGGAGAUGGACUGCAACAGUUUUUGGAGAUGAAGCAUCAGUUAGCUUUAUCACCUUUAUCAAAUGUGACUAACUACAUGUCGAAUCGGAGUUUCUUCAAGAGAUAUCUCAGAGGGAAAGGAAUAUGUGGUCUUUCUGGAACGUUGGGAGGAGAUGCAGACAAGUGUUUCCUGACAAGGCACUACAAAACAGACUGUUAUGUCAUACCAGCUCAUCAGCGUAAAAAAGUUACUGAGCUGCCUGCAGUGCAAGUGAGGGGAGGCACUGAUGAAUGGAUUCAGAUGCUUUGUGACACAGUUUCAAAGGUCUCUGACAGGGGUCAGGUUGUGUUGGUUGUAUGUGAAGAUGUCAACACAGCAAACGCCCUUAAUGAAAAAAUAACAGCAGGCACUAAGCAUCCAGUUACCAUGUACACAAACAGUGAAAGCCACAGCAUUGAGAAUCAGGAGUUCACUGAUGGACAGAUCAUCAUUACCACCAACCUUGGAGGACGUGGGACUGAUAUUAAGGUUACAAAGCAAGUUAAUCAACAUGGUGGUCUUUUCGUGAUACUCACCUACUUUCCUAACAACCGCCGAGUGGAACAGCAGGUGUUUGGGCGCACAGGUCGAAAAGGUACACCAGGCAUGGUCCAACUAAUACUGAACCAUGAGCGUCUCAUCCAAGCUUAUCAGGGCCAUUCUAUUGAAAUCAUGCGGGAACUCAGAGAAUCGUUUGAGUGUGAACGUAUUAAAGACAUUGAGAAAGAGAAACUGGUUGAAAUUGAGAUGAAGGAAGAGCUUUUCUCCACAUUUUGUCACUUCCUUAAUGACUUUGACCAGCAUUACAGCACAGAGGAAAAGACGGAUCUCUUUGAAGUGAAAGUAAAAGAUGUUCCUCGUUACUUUGAGUCCCGUUGUACUAAGAUGGACUAUCACCCAGCUCUGAAUGCUUUGAAAGAAUCAUGGGGUUUAUGGCUGAUUCUUCACACAGAUCAGAUCAACACACAGAAUGACAUCAAGAAACUGAAAGAAGACCUCAUCCAGCAUUUGCAGAACACGAGUCACAAACUUUUACAAGGUAACAGUGAAAAUUUCUACGAUCACAUCCAGCAGGCUUUGGGACGAACUGCCUUGCACUUUCAGAAAAAAACCAAAUGUGACUAUGAAGCAAAGUUCUAUUGGGAAAAAGCAUCUGACUCAGACAACUACUACCGAGCUGUUGCACUGUAUAACCAAGCUUACAUUACUAUUAACAUGGCUAAGAAGAACUACAAAAACGAGGCACGUGCCUUACUCGAGGAGGCAGAGAAAGCUAUUGAUGUUUAUGUGUUAGAAACAGCAAAUACACUGAGUUUAGUUUCCAUGUCUGUUACUGGUUAUUUUGAACCACACCACAGUGGCAGCUGUAACCUCCAAAUACAAAUGCAGGCUAGGAUGAAUAUUUUUGAGUCUUGGAAGAGAAAUAUUACAAAAAUACUCGAAGUCCUUGCACAAGAUGAAGGAGAUGUUACAACUGUGGACUCCGCACUCUACAGCUUAUCAUCUUGUGAGGAUUUUGUCUCUAGUAAUGAAUUCAGCCUCUUCCAUAAUUAUGGUCUUGCAGUUGUGUUUGAGGUGAAAAACAAGCCCCGGUUCUCAUUUGAUGCUCUGAUCUGUUGCUGUUUUGGCGUGGCCCAGGUGGUAACAGGAGUUCUGAUAUGUGCCUUAUCAGUGGGUUCCCUGUCCUAUUUUGGCCUUGGCUUGAUAUCUGAAGGUGUGUCUGACAUGAUCACUGGAGUCAUAGGUAUGAUAAAUGGAACGUUUGACUGGGCAUCAUGGGCAAUAACUAAAGCCAUCAGCAUGGGUAUUUCUCUGGUUUGUGGUGGACUCAGUGGAUUCAAAAAAACAGUCACUUCUGUGACAAAUGCUGCCAAGAAUAUCCUCAACGGCACCAGAUCCCUAAGAAGUGUUGCAUGUAGUGCCCUCAAAUCAGGAAAACAACUUUUUGUGUCUGCUUGUACAUCAGUAAAAUCAGUAGUAUCAACAGUAAGUACGCAGACCUUCAGUACCCUGUGUACAUCAAAUAUGGUCAAAUUAAAUUUAAAAAAUGCAAGUAUGUAUGCUGUCCAAGAAAUAGCUAUUCAAGGAGUAAACACAGCACUGAACAAAGGCAUUGAUGCUACACUUCAAAAGAGCUUCAAACUAGCAUUCCAACAGACUUUCAAUGAUUCUGUCUAUUCAGCUCUGAAAGAGAAUAAAGACUUUGUCAGUGCAGUCACAGAGUUUAUAAGCUCAGCAAUUCCAAAGGCUAUCCUGGAAAUACAACCAGCUACCUACAAGAUUGACAAAAACUUGGAGAAUGAUAUUAAAGAUCAUGUUAAUCUGAAAACGAAUUCUACUGUGAGCAACCUACUGAAAAACUGUAACGAAGUACAUCAGACCAUUAAUGCACUCUCACAGGUCUGGGACAAAUCAGCAGAGUUUGUUGCAGAUCGACCUCACAUCUGUAUUAAGGUACUGUUUACUACAGCAAAAAUCUCUACCAGUAUUUAUGAAAUGUUUUCAGCCAUUCCUACAAAAAAGACCAUUGACAGUAAGUUUGUUCCAGCAUUUUUACAGUCUUUGGCUGAAGAACCAUUAUAUGCAUCAUGUAAAAGGGAUGGAAGAGAGAAGCUGCAGGAUGUGAAACGACUUACAGAUGAACUUAUUAUCUCCAUUUCAAAAGGUCUAUCACAAGCCAUGAUUGACCAUUUUUCAGGUUCUGGCUCAUCAAUUUUGACAACAACAUUCAUUCAAAAGCUAAACACCGCCACUGGAAAAGCAGUUGGCAAUUUGGUCGCGAGGCACAAAACUCAAAGUUUCUUUGACAACCAGCAGCAUCAUUACGAUCUAAAAUCAGCUAAAGAGCGCAAAGAUGAGUCUUUGUCUGAGAGAAAAAGAAAUGAAACGGAGUCCUAUGCCAAUAAAAUAACUGAUGAACAACAUCCAGCCACAGCUUUGGAGCUCCAUGUCCUGACAAAGAGUAACUUACUGGAAGGAAAAGGAAUUUGUGUAACUGUGGUAGAUUCUAAAGGGAAGCUUCUCUCAGAGGAGACUUACACAGGAAGUAAGCCAGCAGCUGGUACCAUCACACUCCGACUGACAAAAACACCACAGAAUCCUCCAAGUGAAAGAGGAAAAUGGGAAAAAUUUAAAAGUUGGAUUAAGGGUGAAAUGACCCCACACAGCGGUCACUUUGAAAUUGUACGCUCUGAUGGUUCAACACUAGCGGUGAAUUCAGAAAAUCAGAACUGCCUGUUUCACGCUGUCAUCCAAGCAACAACUAAUGCCCCCGACCAUGUUGUGAAAGAAAAGGCUCAAGAGCUCAGAAGUGAAGUCAGUGAGGAGAUUCGCUCAAAGCCGGGCAAAUAUGUGAACGCUGUGAAGAUCCAGAACAUGUUUAAUAAAACAAGCAGCUGCAACAAAUUUAAAAUAGAAGGUGGCACGACAGGAGAAGAUAAGAAAAAAUACAAGGAGUAUACUGAAAACAAGAGGCCACAGGAAAUUAUCAAUGAAUACAAAUUAGGAGAAGUUGGAGAAUAUGAAGGGCUUAUAAAUAUGAAGAAGCCCAGCCUACGUAUGGUUGAGGCAGACCACAUUCCACCAAAGAGCGUAUUGAGGGACCUCUGUGACUUGAUUGACAAAAAGCAUACCUCUGUCACCUCACUGAAAGAAAACAAGGAAUUCUGUGAGCAGGUCAUGAAGAUGAAGAAUGACCAGAAUGGAAAAAACCAGACCUGCAUGAACGCACUGUAUUAUGACCACAGACGUGCGCUGACCACUGGUAGGAGUACCGAGUCCAAUGCAUGCAGAGAUUUACUGAAAGAAACCUUUAAAAGUGGAAAUAUAGUGGAAGGUCUGAAGCUCUCAUUAAUGACGGCACACCCAGAAGUUUCAGACAACAUCCGAAGUGAGCUAGGUAUCAACCGUAAUUUCCAGACCUUUGAAGCUGGACUUACACAGAACCAAAGGAACCAGUACUACAAGGAUGGCUAUAUGAAGCUGGCUGAAGCAUACAGUAGCAAGAACAUAAUUGACCAAAACCAAAAGACAGAGCUGAUGGGCUGGAUAGAACAAGACCGAUUUCUUACUGAUGAGUCUUUGAAAAACAAAAUGAAAGCAGUGAUUAAAAAAAGAAGCAGAGAUCCUUAAACAGCUUGGUUGCAUGUCAACUUUGCCGGCGUUUAUCCAAGUCCAUGCUUGAUUUUAUAAGACAUUUGCAUUUAAAACUGAGAAUGUUUAUUCAGAACAAAUACAGUAUAAAAUUCAAGUACAUUUUGUACGUAGCACCCCAGGGCUCCUAGUUUGGGGAAUGAAAAUGAAACCAGAAACAAACUGCAUUUACUAGGAACAACCUCACCAUUGCCAUCGUCAAUAUACUUAACAAUUCAUGUUCCUGACUGUCCUUAUUCUGAAUCUAAUAUCAGUAAACAAUAUUUUCUAGAAAUACCAUAUUUUUAAGACUGUAUGAGCACAUUCAUAACACACUAUAAUCCCUUCAUAACACACUAUACAUAUAAAUACAAAGAGUGUUUAUACCUGUUUAUAUCGUAAGUGUGAAACAAAGUUUUAGCUUGCGCAGUGUGUUAUAACCUGGCUUGUCGUGAAGACGCACCAAUCUAUGCCAAGAUUACUUUUAACAUCUUAGAAACAUAGUUAUCUAGAACAGAAUAAAGUUAUUUCUAACGUA